CCAGGAAAGGCCUGGGGCCUGCCGCGGCCCCGUAACAGAAAGAGGCUGUGGCCUGCAGAGAUCCCGCCUUCCGGUGGCUGCGGGAAGAGGGAGCCCGUUAGCUGGGUCUCUGCAAAGCAGCUGGAGAAGCUCGCCAAGAAAGCCGAGAAAGACUCCAAGGCCGAGCAAGCCAAAGUCAAAAAGGCUCUUCAGCAGAAGAAUGUGGAGUGCGCUCGUGUCUACGCGGAGAAUGCCAUCCGCAAGAAGAACGAGGGGCUCAACUGGCUCCGCAUGUCUUCCCGGGUGGAUGCGGUGGCCUCCAAGGUCCAGACAGCGGUGACGAUGAAGGGGGUGACGAAAAACAUGGCCCAGGUGACCAAGGCCUUGGACAAGGCUCUGAGCUCCAUGGACCUGCAGAAGGUGUCUGCGGUGAUGGAUAAAUUCGAGCAGCAGGUUCAGAAUUUGGAUGUUCAUACAUCGGUCAUGGAGGACUCCAUGAGCUCCGCCACCACGCUGACCACCCCGCAGGAGCAGGUGGACAGCCUCAUCGUCCAGAUCGCCGAGGAGAAUGGCCUGGAGAUCAUGGACCAGCUCAACCAGCUCCCCGAGGGGGCUUCGGCAGUGGGGGAGAGCUCAGUCCGCACCCAGGAAGACCAGCUCUCGCGGAGGUUGGCUGCCUUGCGGAAUUAAGGUCUCCUGUCUCCCCUGCGGACUGCUGCCCCGCACUGGUGGUACGGCGCGUGGGGUGGAGGGGCCCGGGACUCCUUCCCCACCUCUGCUACAUCCUUGCCCUGACCCCACCGGCCAGGCGGAGUUGGCUGUCCCCUCCUCCAGCAGCUUCGUUGAGACUCUUCUGUUGGGGUGUGAUGGUGACGACUUUUUGCCAGAGCAGGCAGGGAUCCUGACGGGGGGGUUCUGGGCAGGGACGGCCUCUCUCUGGGCUUGAGGAACGCUUUGCUGGUUCUGAUUUCAGGGUUUUUUUCAUUUGAGGAUUGCUACUGGUUGCUGGCAGCAUCCCAUGAUGCAACGUCCCGCUCCUGAUUUAACACUAAAGGAAUCCUGGAGGCGGGUUGUGAUGUCUUCUGGGGUGCUGCUGGCCUGACUCCGAGCUAGGAGCUGUUUACAAGGAGCGGGGAGAUCCCCCCGGGGCUGCCACCUUCCUCUCGCAGUGGUUUUGGGAAGGGUGGUUUUCCCAGCUGUGGUGUUUCUGGGAAGGUUAGUGCCUUGCGGGAAGGGGAGGUCACGCUGUGGCAUCGCUUCCCUCGUGGUGACCUUCCUGAGCCGUAGCUGCGUGCCCUGUUUGCAGACUCCGCCUUGCCCAUCGCUAGCUCCUCAUCCUGCUGGGCCAAACCUCCCCGGAGCUCCGUACCACAAAGUGACCUUUGAAACGCUCGUCCUGCCCUGCGCGAGCCCUUGUCUGCCUGCGCGCCUGUAAAUCCACGUGUUCCCCGUCUCCAGCUGCUGCAGUCUGGAAAUGGUUACCCAGGCCCUCACCUCUCGUGCGGACCAAGUUCCUGCCCCGUGUCCCGCAGCUGGGAGCGGAUCGCGCCAGCUGCUACCCCUGGCCUUGCAGCUGUGGUGGCCGCAGCCUUGUCCCCAAAUGUCCCCCAGCUGGAUGGGUGUGACAGUAAAUGCUGAACUAUCCUGGGAACAUGUCUGCUGGCUGUGGCUGGUCCCCGGGAUAUCCCCUGCCGUUUCCCCUCCACUGUUCCCACCUCCCUACAAUCUCUGUGCUGCUGCCUGCGGAGCGUGGGGCUGAGCUGGGCGAGCGGGGGCUGCUCCCAGGGUGCUGCGGCCUCCCCUCUCCUCCUACCCCUCGUGGGGAAACGUGGCUGCUUGUCCCUCGCAGCCUUCCCCCGGGGCUGAAGUCUCCUGUGCCCCUUCUCCCUCCAUCGCUCCCAGGUACUACUGAGCUGCUGGAUUGAUGGGAAGCUUGCUGGGAAGGAAAUACAAUUUCCUUUGGCGCUUACCAAGAGGAACUCUUUAACCUCGCCACGGUGCCGUGCAGCUGCCGGGUCCGGCAGGGCUGAGCUGUGCUGUGGGCAGCUGGUCCUGCUGCUGUGGGAUUCAUCGCUUACAGGAAUUUUAAGGCACUUGGGGAGGGAAGUGGGAGGGAGAGGGUGCGGUGGUGCCGGCUGACCUCUGGGGCUGUCUCAACAGGACUCGCUGCCAGCCAGGGGCUGUUUCCCCAGCCCUUUCCACGCAAACACUUUUCACUGUUUCCAUGAUUUCUUCUGAGUUCAGUGGCCUUGGCGGUGCGUGUCCCGUGACCAGCAGAGCCUUCUCCCCGCCGUGGGGGCAUGGGUGGCGACUAAGGAGGAGGAGGAGGAGAAAGGUGGCUUUUGGGCUCCAAAGUCACUUGUGCAGGGUGGAGCAUUGGAUCUUGUGCCCCCUCCCAGCUCCCCCGGAGACUUGUGCCUGCGCCCCAGAGCGGGAAUGCCACCAGGGUGGCCAGCUCCCCACGGGGCCGGGCAGCCUGGCCCUGCACGGGUGCCACCCGUGGGGCUGGGGGCUGGGAUGUGACCCAGGGAGCCCCGUCCCUGGAAACGCUCCUUGCAGUGUGAUGUUUGUCUGUGGCCUCAUUUGUGUGGGUUGGGUUUAUUUUGGUUUUUGGUUUUUUUUUUUUUUUUUAAGCUUGUUUCAUUUGCCUUGUUCUUCUCCAGCCCCGUGUUGGUUACCUCC